UGGGACCACGACCAUGACAGUGUUUGAGAACUGUACUGUGGUGUUAGAUGUGAAGAACCUGCCUUUUAAAGAGAAGAAUAAACUGAGAUUAGCUCUUCUGGAGAAUGGAGCAAACAUCUCAUAUGUCAUCAACAACGAGUGCUCUUUUGUAGUCACUAGCAGUGUGAAGGAUCUGAGCGGUAACCGGCAGCGCAGCAUCCAGAAGCUGCAGAUCCCAGUGGUCGGGACGCAGUAUGUGUGGAGCUGUCUGGACCAAGGGCAUCUCCUGUCAUUGACCGAGCAUAAUUUGACCCCAGAGCUGCCAUACCCUGGCUCUGAAUUCCUCCGUCCUUCAGGAAAAGAGGAGUUCAAUGGUCACCCUGAACUCCCAAAGACUGAAGCUGAGAUUCUUCAGAAGAGUGGACCCCGUCCUGGAAGGUUCAGAGUUUACAAAGAAGGCGACCAUGACCUGCCUGAAUUUCCUUCAUAUUCUCAAGUGGCCAAGUAUUCAGUUUUUGAGAGGGUCAAUCCCAAGACUUUGUCUGUUCUGGAGCUGCAGAGUGCCAAAGGCAGAGCAGGCCAGCAGUAUCGUGUGUUGUGUUCAGUCUUGUGUGAAGCUGAGUCCGCAGUGGUUCAGGACAAGCUUGUGUUCUGCGUGACAUCUGAAGAUGCUGUGGAAGCGUAUCUGCAGCUGAUGAAGGAGAUGGAGACAGAGGGAUUCACAAAGACACACACACUUUCCCCUAAGGUUGAGCGCUUGGCAUCCUACAGCCUGCAGCAGCUGCUGUUGGAGGAGAAGCUGAACUGCAGCACCUUGUCACAGGAAGUUGGUGUCUUUGUGGAGCUGGUUUGGACUGAAGCUCUCGGUUCCCUUUAUAACAUACUGACAGUCCCUGUCUCCAAAAUCAGCCUCAAUGACGUGAGCAGGGUGGAGGGAUUGCUACUGCAGGCACAAAAGACUGAGAAAGAGGAUGAAGUCAAAGCCCUGCUGGAGGAGGUCAACACUCUUCUGCCCCUCAGAAUGAUCGACCCUCCUUCCAAACACAAGCUUGUGUCUCAGAAACUGGACCUUUGUCAGCUGAUCAGAGAUAUUGUAAAUGUGAGUGAGGCCACUCUGGGAAGCCCCUCAUCGUCGUCUCUGGGGAAGUAUCGAGCUCUGAGGUGCAGCAUUGAGGUUGUUCCACCACAAAACCCUGAGUUUCAUGAUGUCUCUCAACUGCUUCAGGACAGGCCUUUCCAGAUUCAGCGGAUACUGCGUGUCAGCAGAGGAGUGGAGCUUCAGAUGUUUAAGGAGGAUUUAGGCAACAUUAAACCCCUCCUCCACUCCACUAGUCCCAGCAGUUUUGUUGGAAUACUGUCACGAGGUCUGCUGCUGCCCAGGGUUGGAGUCGAACAGCAUGGAAUUGAGAGAACGGAUAUCGGGAAUCUCGGAGGAGGAAUCUACUUCAGUGACUCUCUGAAGACUAGUGUGAAAUACUCCAAGCCCAGUGUGACUGACGGCUCUCGGCUGCUGUUGGUGUGUGAAGUGGCGUUGGGUCGGUGUAAGGACCUGCUGAAGAAAGACAGCACUUUGACUUGUGCUCCUGACGGUUACCACAGUGUACACGGAGUCCAACGCUCUCCAAACAGACUCUCUGAAUUUGAGGAUGAUGAGUUUGUCGUCUAUAACACAGAGCAGAUCAGACUGAAGUAUGUGGUACAGUACAGUCUGGAGGGAGACGAGUUAAAAGAGUUCCAGCCUCAAAUCAACACUCAGCUCACAUAUCUAACCGACACAACACCUGAUAUCUUGCCCGGUGAUGACAGUGAGGGUUUGGAGUCCAUUAAGAAUCCUCUGGAGGAGAUGAACGCAGGUUUGCUGGACAGCAGUGGUCAGAAACUUCCUCUACAGGCUGUCAAUGUGAGGGGCAAGCUGAUGGACCUGCUGUGUCAGGUCAUCGUAUUCCAGACCUACACAAACCAGAGUGCUGUUCCCAUUGAAGCAAAGUAUGUCUUUCCACUGGAAGAGACGGCAGCAGUGUGUGGAUUUGAAGCCUUUAUCAAUGGAAAACAUGUCAUUGGAAAGGUAAAGGAAAAGGAGCAGGCUCGUAAGGAGUACAAGCAAGCCAUAGAGAAAGGCCAUGGAGCCUACCUGAUGGACCAGGAUGCACCUGAUGUAUUUACUAUCAGUGUGGGGAAUCUUCCUCCUGGAGCCACAGUUUUGAUCAAGGUGACGUUCAUCACUGAGCUGCUGGUCAGAUCAGGCUCUAUAGUCUUCUCACUGUCUGGCAGCGUGGCACCAUGGGAACAGAGAGCCGCCCUUUAUCAGACAACUCAGGCCACUGUUGAAAAGAUUGGUGUGACAGAGCUUGAUUCAGAGGGGGAGUUUUCUCUGUCUAUGUCCAUUGAAAUGCCUUAUGAGAUCAUCAACUUAAGCUCUUCACACCGCAUCAAAACCAAGAGGACAGACUGUAAGGUAGUGAUCAGCACGUUACCGGGACAGACAUUGGGAUCUGAAGGGUUACAGGUGUCCUUCAGUCUUUCUAAUAUCCACAUGCCCAGAAUGUGGGUCGAGAACCAUCCAAAUAAAGAUAGUCAGGCCUGCAUGCUGGUGUUUUAUCCAGACUUUAGGUCAAGUGGGGUGUCUGGCUCUGGAGGUCCGUCCAAUGUGAGCGAUGUGGUCAUUCUACUGGACUCCUCCAAGUCCAUGCAGGGAGACGCCAUGCUGAACGCCCGCAGGAUUGCGCUUCAAGUCCUCAGAUCUCUGGACCGCUCACUGAAGAUCAACAUCAUCUCUUUCAGCACUGAUUAUAGGGAAGCUUUUCCUGCACCAGUGAGUUUAGAUGAGGCAUCUGAAGCAGCCAGGAAAUUUAUUAUGUUGUGUGGCAGCUCUGGUGGCGGCACUGAUCUGUGGCGGCCUCUCCGGAGUCUGAGUCUGCUGCCUCCCUCCCGGGGCGUGAGGAACAUCCUGCUGCUCUCUGAUGGACAUGUUCAGAACCAACCUCUGACCCUACAGCUGGUCCGAGAAAACUCCUGCCACACGCGUCUCUUCACCUGCGGACUCAGCUUGACAGCUAAUCGUCAUAUGCUCAGAGCAUUGGCUCAGGCAGGUGGAGGAACAUAUGAAUUUUUUGACACAAAGAUGAAACACACUUGGACAGAGAAGGUGCGGGCUCAGGUUCGGCGUAUGGAUUCUCCAGGCUGCAGAUCAGUGGCAGUGAAGUGGCAGCAGUUUAAUCCCACAGCGCCGCUUCCUGUUCAAGCCCCCUCACAGCUUCACGCUCUCUUCACUGACUGUCACACUCUCGUUUACGGAUUUGUGCCACACUGCACUCAGGCCACACUGUUUGGUGAUUUGAGUGGACAAGAGAUCAAAACAAUGGUUUCCACCACAGAACUACAAAAGACAAAGGGAACUUUUCUUCACAAGUUAACAGCAAGAGCGAUUAUCAGAGACUAUGAAGAUGGCAUUCUAGCUAACAGUGAGGCAGAACACGAGGUACAAGCUGAAGUCCUACAUCAUUGAGCUGAGUAAAGAGUUCUCCAUCUUGUCCCAUUUCACAAGCUUUGUCGCCAUUGAAGAGAGGAAGCAGAAUGAGCUUGACAUCGGAUUCACAGAUAUUCCUAAAAUCAUAUCAGAGGAGGAUGUGGAUAUUUUGCCAUAUAUGGGCUGGACUGAAGAGAACUUGAAGGCUGUGCAUAUUAGUCACAGCCUUGAUUCCCAG